UCUCCGUAUAGAUUAUGGCAUAGCAUUAUAAGCAUACAGCUUAUAAAACUCCGUUGCAUCACGACAAUUUACAACUGUCGAAAGUGCCGAGAAGGCACUAGUAGUGGCUGAUUAGAUUGAAAGAGAACAAGACAUUAAAAGAAAACGUAUCUCAAGAGUGUAGCAAUACUUGAACGUAACAAUGGAUCACAACACGACAUCAAUUAUGACAUCCUAUCUGCCAAACACGGGAUGUACUUCAUUGAUUUUGCUCGUCACCACGCUUGUUGCAUUCCAUUUCUAUAUCGAGAGCAGACGUGUGGUUCGUCUUGCGCUGAAAUUACCAAAUCCACCGCGCUGGCCCAUCCUAGGUCACACGUUAAUAACUCUAAAAGUAAACCCGAAAGAUAUAAUAUCUAAGGCUUUAGAAUUUUAUAAUAAAUAUGGGACAGUAAUUUCGGCACAUUUAGGACCAAGAGCUUUUGUUUUCCUCGGAGAUCCACAGGAUAUCGAGAUAAUCUUGAGCAGCCCCGUGCAUAUCGAAAAAUCGGUGGAAUACAGAUUCUUCGAACCGUGGCUGGGAGAUGGCUUGCUGAUCACGAAAGGCGACAAGUGGCGCAAACACAGAAAAGUGAUAGCGCCCACUUUUCACAUGAGCAUCUUGAAGACGUUUGUGCCUCUGUUUUAUGAAAACAGUCUGGAUCUCGUACGACGACUUCGCGAAAAAGUCGGUCAGCAAUUCGAUUGCCACGAUUAUUUAUCAACGGUAACUGUUGACAUCUUGACGGAGACGGUAAUGGGAGUUAGGAGGGAAAAAAGGCAAAACGUCGGAUAUGACUAUACAAUGGCCGUGAUGAAACUGAGCAAUAUCGUACACCGGCGGCACUAUGACGUGUCUUUACGCUUGGAUGCGUUGUUUAAAUAUUCAAAGCUCGCCAAACUACAAGAAGAUUUGCUUCAAACUGUCCACACCCUUUCGGAAUGCGUGAUCCAAGAGAAGUGGAAGGACGUCGAAAGGAAAGAGCAGAAUAAAACGCAGAACAAUGAUACUGAAGUAAAACAAUCGAAGGCGACCGAAAACGUGCAGAAGGAAAGCAGUACUGCUAAUUACACAAAGCUGCAUUACGCAAGGGAUGACCUCGACGACAUCGAUGAGAGCGACAUAGUGGAAAAGAAGCGUCUCGCAUUUUUAGAGAUGUUGAUAAACAUGAGGAAAAACAGUGGACAAAUGACUGACAAGGAGAUUUGGGAGGAAGUCAACACUAUCAUGUUCGAGGGCCACGACACCAUAGCAGCCGGCUCGAGUUUCGCUCUCUGCACGUUGGGAUCUCUUUCAGAAAUUCAAACACGCGUGCACGAGGAAUUAGACUCAAUCUUCGGCGACAGCGACAGGCCUUGCACUUUCGAGGAUACGAUAGAGAUGAAGUAUCUCGAAAGAGUUAUUCUAGAGACACUCAGGCUUUUCCCGCCUGUACCUGUAAUAGCCAGGAAACUCAAUGAAGAUGUAAGGAUUGUUACAGGCAAUUAUGUUGUCCCAAAGGAUGUCACUGUAAUAAUAGCGCAAUUCGUGGCACACCGUAAUGAGAAAUAUUACCCGAAUCCGUUGGUAUUUAAUCCGGACAACUUCCUACCGGAGAAAAUGCAGCGGAGACAUUACUACGCUUUUAUUCCAUUCAGCGCUGGACCAAGGUCAUGCGUGGGGCGAAAAUACGCCAUGCUGAAAUUGAAGGUCCUGUUAUCGACGAUAUUGAGAAAUUACCGCAUUACUUCCGACGUGUCGUAUCAGAACUUUGCUCUGCAAGGCGACAUUAUCCUGAAAAAAAGCGACGGAUUUAGCAUCAAGAUCGAGCCGCGCAAACCCGCAAGUCAAACGGGAGUUACUUUCUCAGUGUAAAAUGGUAAAAAUAUGCCAAUCGCUAAGAUUUUAUAGGAAAAUUCUAUUCUCCAUGUUUAUGAUACACUUUUAUAAUACACUUUAUAAUAUACUUCUUACAUUCAGUUAUGUAUGAGGCUACAUGUCUCCUCUGACAAUGUUUCUAUACACUUUUCUAGAAUAACAUUUUUACAUGAAGGUUUUAGGGCACUCUAUACAUUAUGUUCACGAUAUCGAAAAUUAUCACACGCGUUUAGACGCGUCUGUUCUACAAGAUCACGUUUACUUACGCUCAUUUAUAACGAGCGAUUUUCCUGUUUGUUAUCGACAUAUUUUAUAAUACUUAAUGUAGUGUUUAAGGAAGGUAAACUAGAGUAUAAUGCAGUAUACG